UUAAAUAGAUACACAAUGGCAAAUUACGAGCUAAAACUCAAAUACUGCAAAAAUAUUUCCAAUCCAUCGCGAUCAGGAGAAUCCAGUCUCGACAUUUCGGAUGGAGCAGUCAAAAUUCAAGCAGCCGCCUGGUCUCAUGAUGGAAAAUUGUUUGCAUUUGUCAAUGCCGCAAAGCGGUUGUUUAUUUACGAUGCUGAAGAUUUAUCGAGUCACAAAGAAGUCUUCACUCUAAAGGCUAGAGAGAAAAACACUUUGUUUGGAAAUCAGUCAUUUGUGGUAAAAGGAAUUGCCUUCCAUCCGAGUGGAACAAAGAUCGCGAUAGCUCAGUCAGACGAUGUCGUCUUCAUGUAUAAAUUCCAAUCGGCGCCUGGAGUUUGGGAUGGAAAGAAAAGCAUCAGCAACAAAUUUCUGUUUGAAUCAACGCCUACAUGUAUAUACUGGCCACGGUUGGAGCUGGGCCAGGAGUUCGACAAGUGUUUCUUCGUUGGUAAUUUGCAGGGUGAAGUUCGAAAGUGCAAGACAAACAGUAAAAAGACACAGGGAGAUUUUCUCGUUCCACAGAAAGUAGUCCCCGCUUAUCAAGCAUUCGUCUGUGCACUCGCACCUAAUCCAGAAAAUGGAGGUUUCGUGGCUUCCUACGCCGAUGGCUUAAUUAUCAUCUGGGCAGAGUCCAAUGGUCAAUAUGUGAAGAUGGGAUCAAUGAAGCAUUCCGUGGCCGCGUACGCUUUGGCAACAACUGUGUCGGCCAUAGUUGCUGCAGGUGCUGACAUGCGGAUAGCCGUGUACAGAAGAACUGGAGGAGGCAUGUCUUCGUCUGUGGCGGGUGAGCUGAUGCAGAGUUUCGACUUCAACUCGGACAAGAGCGAGAAAGAAUUCACGUGCGCCUGCAGUUCGGCAAUCAGCGAAACAGUGGCAGUGGCCAGUUAUGAUCGGGUGCGGACAUUCAACUGGAACGCGACCUCAGAGAAGUUUGUGGAAUUGUCGCUCAUGGAGAUCAAGAACCUCUACACCAUAACUGUGCUGCAGUGGAGACCAGACGGAACCAACAUUCUCCUCGGUACCCAGACGGGUCUAGUGGAGAUGUUGGAGGUGUCGUCUCCGAAGUCGGUGGUGAAUGGAGUGUUCGAGAUACAGUACUUCGGACCCAAACAGGUCCUCGUCCGCAACACCAAGAAGAAUACUCGAUGUGUACUCCGAUCCCAAUACAACUACCCGAUCACGAAGGUGAAUGUGUGUGGCGGUAAGAGUUCGGAUGUGAGUCUAGCGACUGGGUCUUCAGGUGGUCUGACUUCGGACAAGAGAAACAGGUAUCUGGUGGCAUAUACAAGUGACACCCUCCUGAUAGCCGACUUCUUAGAUGGCCGAAUGAGCGAAGUGCAGUGGACUAGUGGAGGAAACGAGAAGUUCUACUUCGAAAUCGAAAAGGUCUGUGUAAUUUUCAAUGCGGGUGAAAUGUCUUUGGUGGAGUAUGGCAACAAUGAGUUCCUCGGCACAGUCAGAACUGAGUUCACAAAUCCACACCAGUUCAGUGUGAGAAUCAAUGAACGGACUGUGACUGGAGUGGAUAGUCAUGACAACAAAAAACUGGCCUACUUGGUAGACUUGAAAACAGUCGAAAUUGUGGACCUGAUGAAUGAGAUGCCGACUGUGAGGUGUCAGCACCAGAGCAAAAUCAAAUGGCUGGAACUGAAUGAGACUGGCCGAAAACUCCUCUUCAGAGACGUCAAGUACAAGCUGUACCUGGUGGACAUGGCGACUGAGGCUAAAGUGACAAUGUUGGACUUGUGUCAGUUUGUGCAGUGGGUGCCCCAGAGUGAUGUCAUAGUGGCUCAGAACAGAGACUUUCUCUGUGUCUGGUACAACAUCGAUUCCCCCGACAAAGUAUCCAUGUUCCCCAUCAAGGGCGAAGUGCGGGAGGUGCUGCGUGAACUGGUGCGAGAACAGGAUGGCCGUGAGAGGGUGCAGACGAGGGUGCUGGUUGAUGAGAAACUGGAUAUGGCCGAGUACCUUCUGGAUUCUGACCUGAUCGCGUUCGGCGCUGCAGUCGAGUCGGGACAACUCACAGCUGCAAUGAACUACCUCGAGAAUCUGGACGCAACUCCUGAGACAGCUGCCCACUGGAGGACUCUGGCCUCUCUCAGUCUGGACCAGCUGCGUAUCCCCAUUGCACAGAGGUGCUACGCGGAGCUAGGUGACAUCGCCAAGGCCAGAUACCUAAAGAAAAUAGUGGAUCUCGCGCACAGCCGUGGCCUGAACCAAUAUGAGCCAGAAGACCCUUCUCUGGACCACGACACGAAAAUGGGUUUAAUGUGGAGAAACUUGGCGGAGAGGGAGCCGGAGAUCAGGGCGAAAAUACUCAUGCUCAAGAAGGACUUCUUCAUGGCACAGAACACAUUCCUCGAAAAUGAUAUGUUGGACAGUGCCAUAGAGAUGUUUGUGAAGAUUGGCAAGUGGGAGCAGGCGCUGCAGUUGGCGAGUGACAGAAAUCAUCCCCAGCUAGACAAACUCAGGGCCGACUGCAAAGAGUGGCUGAAGAACCAUCAUCAGCAGGAGAAGAUAGCAGCCCUCUACGAGUCGGAGGGUCAAUACGAGAGUGCAAUAUUUGAAUACGUCAAAGCAGGCAUGCCCUCCAAGGCUGCGAACCAGAUGAUGAAAAGACAGGAACUGGUGAGCAACUCUUCUCUUCUGGACACUGUGAUCAAGGAGCUCUGUGAGCGGGAGUUCUUCAUCAAGGCAGGCGAACUGUACGAGAAGGCAGGCGUCAACGACAGAGCCCUCAAACUUUACAGAAUGGCCAAAGACAAAGAGGGUUUCUCGAAUGCAGUGCGUCUGGCUAGGGAACACGACUUGGGCGUGGAUGCCAGAGAUCUCUUGGAGGAGUAUGCUGACUACCUAUACGAUCAACUGGAGUUCGAAAUGGCCAUGGAGAAAUACUUACAGGCCUCGCAACUCAUUAAAGCUCUGAAAAGUGCAUUCAAAGCCAACAGUAUAGUGCGGGCAGAGGACAUCUUUGAGACCAUCAAAGACUCCCCAGGCGGUAAGGAGAGCUUUGACCGGGCAAGCGGAAGAGGCGGGGGAAAGGAUGGGGAAGAUGAGCUGAGCUACAACGGGUGGGCGAUCAAAUUGGGACAAUAUUACGCAUCAUUGAUGUCCGGAAACAGAGAACGCAAUAUGAAAAAAGCGCAGAAGUACUUCUUAGAAGGCAAUAGUGUAGAACACAUAAUUGAUAUGUACAAGGAGGCAGGGUAUUGGGAGAAGGCAUACGAGUAUCUGAUGGAGAUAGGGGCCAAACAGGAGGCCACUGAGUUCCUACAUCAACAGGCGCACACCUGCAUCGCCGAGAAGAGAUACUCGGACGCCGAGAGAGUGUACAUGAAGGGCAAGAUGUUCGAUGCGAUAGUGGACAUGUACAAGAGUGUGGAAGACUUCGACAAUGUGUUGAGAGUGCAGAGGAGACUGGGCAUGGGCGACGACACCUCCAUGCUACUAGAGCACGCAGAGCGUCGCAAGCGUGACGGGGAUUUCGUUGAGGCAGAAAAGUUGUACAUGGAGGCAGGUAGUUGGAAGGAGGCAGUCAACAUGUACAUGCAACAGUCCAAAUGGGAAGAUGCCCGGAGAGUGUGUCAGGAGGUGGGCACAGAUGAGGCACACAGCAAGGAGGGCUUCAUAGGCUACUGUUGGGCCAAGGACAUGCCUUCAGUGGUCAAUGCGGCCAAGCUACUGUUGAACUUGAACUUACUGGACAAAGUGGUGGAGGUGUGCUGCAACGCAAUCGCCAGCGAAGCUGCAAAACAAGAAGGACUGAAGCUACCGGAACCUAAGGAAGGAGACAAGAAAAAGGUGCCUGAUUUUGACAUGGCCUUUGAACUCUGCAGCGCUGCAGAGAGAUCGGACCUGACCUCCAGAGUGCACCUUCUCAAAGGCCAGUUCCUAGAAGAUCAGGGUCAGUUCCAACUAGCCGAAAACGAAUUCAUAGCAGCCAAUAAGCCAAACGAGGCGCUUCUUAUGUACAUUCACGAGGGUAUGCUGGACGCGGCCCAGAAAGUGGCGGACGCGCACUGCACUGUGGAGGAGAAGAACCAAGUGUACACAGCCCUGGGUAAUAAGAAGUUCGAAAAGGGAGACUAUGACUCAGCUGAGAAACUGUUCCUGAAGAGCGAAAAUGUAGAGCAUCUAGUCUCUCUGUACCUCGACGUCAACAGAUUGGACAAGGUCCACGACCUGGCUGACCGAGGAUACUUGAGUCCAGAGCAGCUGAACAACCUCUCGGCCAUGCGCAGAAGAGACCCAAUAGGUGUCGGAGCGUCUGGGGGUGCUGGUGCAAGCAUGGGUAUGGGGGCGGGGGGAGACGCCUCUUCUAUGAGUGGGGCUAGCAAAAUAGUUGAAGCGAAUAGGCUGGCGUCUAAUACCAGUAGUCCACAUGAUAUGAGAGAGGGAUUGAAGUUGUUGUUUUCAAUCACAUCUUAUGACGUCACAGCUACUGCCACCGCUUCAGUGGACGAGCAGCUGCUGCAUUAUAAUCAACAGGCGAUGAAGUUGAUAGAAACACUGUGUGUGCAGAACGGGGGUCGCUUUGUGGAGAAUCUGGCCCUGAAGGAGGGAGUGGCGAGGGACUCCAAUGGACAGAACUACAAUGGACCUCUGUUAAGCGAAGUGGUCUCAACUGUACUCUCCAGACAAACCAGUCUGCACGGGGACUGGAAAAAAGGCGUGUCUCUCUGUCUGAACCUCUACAAUGCCCUCUCCAAAGUCAGUCAAGUGGAAGAAGGAGACAGAUACGUGGAGUAUGCGGUGAAGUUUGCAUGUGUGCACCAGCAGUUCUCUGCUGCACAGAAGAUAGUGGACCACGCGUAUGAGGAUGACCACCCGGUGGCACUGCAGUUGUUCGCCCUCAUCAAGCAGCAGGCGGUGGCAGCCUCCAGACAGGAGGGAGACAUGGAAGGGCUUGUGGCUAUGGGAGAGGGAUUCGACGACCUCAAACAGACUGGAGACUACGCCAAGUACCUAGACCUAGUGCACAAGAAGGACCGAGAAAACGGUACGAACAAUAUGCCAGGUGCACUGAGGAAGUGUAUCAGGAGUCUACUGGACCAGGUGGAGGAGGGAGGGGAGAGUAAGCGCAAUGCGAACAUGUCCAAACUGUUCAGUGUCAUUGAGGACUAUGGACCACUGGCUGACAACAACAGUCCAGAUGUGCGCAAUGUCUACAAGGCUAUUAUGGAAAAGUUGACGUCUGCUCCCAUGCCUGGCUGUGAAGUGCUGAGUGUGCAGCCGGAAGACUACAGGCCAGCCCAGUUGAGGAACGAGUGGACGGUAGAGUACGGACACUUUGACAAAUUGCGCAAGAUACUACUCAAGGAGGUGGAUAGCAAUGCCUAUUCUGGAGAGAUGCUGAAUCUGCUCUCGACUCACUUCGUCAUUGCGCACUUGAGUGCUAACAGGGCCGCCUGCAUGACUGCCUCAAAACUGUUCCCUCUUGCAGCCAAAAUUACCAUGGCCCUCACCAUGUUCAUACACGAAGUGCCGGCUGACAAGGUGUUUCUGGAAGCGGGCCUGGUCACCCGUCUGGCCUCAAUGUCAACCAGCGAGGACAUACCGGAGGAGCGUAAAGCGUAUCUGCGCAAGAUGGCGUUUCUGUUCAUUAACACCUUCAUCGACACGGUGGAGCAGGCAAUGGAGGGCGAGACUGACUUCUCCUCGGAGUACUUGGGAGACCUGGAGCCCAUCAGAGAGAGGGGAGAGAUCCUGGUGCCCAAGAACGCCAAUCAAUGUGUGCUCAAGGACGAGGCGGUGUUUGAGGCUCUGAAGGACUGGGUUUUGACGGUGUCGAUGGACAACUCGAUCGACUUCUCCAGCGACAUGAACAUCGCCAACAAUGCCGCUUCAACCUCACAUGGGGCACCACAGGUGUUCGAGGCAUGUGCAGGCAGAGACGACAAGAUAUGCUGCAUCACAGGCUACCCUAUAAGGAAAGGAGGUGGUGGAGGUGCAGAUAUCCGUUCAGUGGGAAGCUUUUCGUUCUCCCUCAACAACUCAGACAGAGGACUCCUACAAACAGCCAAGAUGGUGGGUGGCAUGGGCAAUGACAGCGUGGAAGACAGAGAAACUAUCAAGAAACUGACCAACGACGACUUCGAGUUCCUCGUCAAGAAAAUGGGCGUCAACUCGCAGUUCUAAACGAAAUUCACACUCCCCACCAAACACUCAUUCCAUUCCCCCCCGCCCCCACCCACCCCUAUCACAACGCUUUUGUCAGUUUCAGCCAUAUUGAAUGAGUUGCAGAAAAUUGUAAAUAUAAAUUAUAUCUGUAGAUUGUAAUGAACUAGUAGAAAAAAAAUGUAAAUAUGUGAAAUAUGUGUGAGUGAAAUGAAUAAAAUUUGACAAUGUUAAUAAUAUCACAAACAAUGAAUGUAAAUCG